AUGGGGCGGUGGUCCCCCGCGCUGCGGCCGCUGCUGCUGCUCCUGCUGCUGCCGCCGCCGCCGCCGCUGCCCCGGGCGCUGCGCGGGGAGCCCUGCCCCGAGCCUUGCAGCUGCCCGCCCGACGGCGCCCUGCGCUGCCCCGGCCCGCGGGCCGGCCUCAGCCGACUAUCACUCACCUAUCUCCCUAUCAAAGUAAUCCCAUCUCAAGCUUUCAGAGGACUUAAUGAGGUCAUAAAAAUUGAAAUCUCUCAGAGUGAUUCCCUGGAAAAGAUAGAAGCUAAUGCCUUUGACAGCCUCCUCAAUUUGUCUGAAAUACUGAUCCAGAACACUAAAAAUCUGGUGUACAUCGAGCCCGGAGCAUUUACAAAUCUCCCCCGCUUAAAAUACCUGAGCAUCUGUAACACAGGCAUCCGAAAGCUUCCAGAUGUUACGAAGAUCUUCUCCUCUGAAUUUAAUUUCAUUCUGGAAAUUUGUGAUAACUUACACAUCACCACGGUACCAGGAAAUGCUUUUCAAGGGAUGAAUAACGAAUCCAUAACACUAAAACUAUAUGGAAAUGGAUUUGAAGAAAUACAAAGUCAUGCAUUCAAUGGGACAACGCUGAUUUCCCUGGAGCUAAAGGAAAACGCGCACCUGGAGAAGAUACACGAUGGCGCCUUCCGGGGGGCCACCGGGCCUAGCAUCUUGGAUAUUUCUUCCACUAAACUGCAGGCCCUGCCCAGCUAUGGGCUGGAGUCCAUUCAGACGCUAAUUGCCACAUCAUCCUAUUCUCUGAAAAGACUGCCCUCAAGAGAAACACUUACCAACCUCCUGGACGCCACGCUGACCUACCCCAGCCACUGCUGUGCUUUUAGAAACGUGCCAACAAAAGAGCAGAAUUUUUCACUUUCCAUUUUUAAAAACUUUUCCAAACAAUGUGAAAGCACAGCAAGGAGACCAAAUAAUGAAACACUUUAUUCUGCCAUCUUUGCUGAGAGUGAACUGAGUGGCUGGGAUUAUGACUAUGGUUUCUGCUUACCCAAGACACUCCAAUGUGCUCCUGAACCAGAUGCUUUUAAUCCCUGUGAAGAUAUUAUGGGCUAUGACUUCCUUAGAGUACUGAUUUGGCUGAUUAAUAUUUUAGCCAUCACGGGAAAUGUGACUGUCCUCUUUGUUCUCCUGACCAGUCGUUAUAAACUGACAGUGCCCCGCUUUCUCAUGUGCAACCUCUCCUUUGCAGACUUCUGCAUGGGGCUCUACCUGCUACUCAUUGCCUCAGUUGAUGCCCAAACCAAAGGCCAGUAUUAUAACCAUGCCAUAGAUUGGCAGACAGGGAGUGGAUGUAGCGCUGCUGGCUUCUUCACUGUAUUUGCGAGUGAACUUUCUGUCUACACCCUCACAGUCAUCACACUAGAAAGAUGGCACACCAUCACCUAUGCUAUUCAGCUGGACCAAAAGCUGCGAUUAAAACAUGCCAUUCCGAUUAUGCUUGGAGGAUGGCUCUUUUCUACUCUAAUCGCCAUGUUGCCUCUCGUGGGUGUCAGCAAUUACAUGAAGGUCAGCAUUUGCCUCCCCAUGGAUGUGGAAACCACUCGCUCACAGGUCUACAUAUUAACCAUCCUGAUGCUCAAUGUGGUGGCCUUCAUCAUCAUCUGUGCUUGCUACAUUAAAAUUUAUUUUGCAGUUCAAAAUCCGGAGCUGAUGGCUACUAACAAAGAUACAAAGAUUGCUAAGAAAAUGGCAGUCCUCAUCUUCACCGAUUUCACCUGCAUGGCACCAAUCUCUUUCUUUGCCAUCUCAGCUGCCUUCAAAGUGCCCCUUAUUACAGUAACCAACUCUAAGGUUUUACUGGUUCUUUUUUAUCCUGUCAAUUCGUGUGCCAAUCCGUUUCUGUACGCAAUUUUCACAAAGGCAUUCCGAAGGGAUUUCUUUCUGUUGCUGAGCAAAUUUGGCUGCUGUAAAUAUCGAGCUGAACUUUAUAGGAGGAAGGAUUUUUCAGCUUAUACCUCCAACUGCAAAAAUGGCUUCACUGGAUCAAAUAAGCCUUCCCAGUCUACCUUGUAAGUGACCACAUUACAAUGUCAAUAUUCAGCUGUCCUGGACAAGACUUGCUGUAAGGAGUGUUAACUGUUAUAUCAGUAACCACAUUACUGAAUUAUACUUAAAUAUGUAAAAAAAUUAUCUGUACCAGUAAUUUUAACAAAGAGCUGAUUUCAGGAAAUUAUGUUAGGCACAUUAGGCAAAAAAAGACCUCUUCCUGGCUCAAAGUGUGGUCUAUGA